AUGAGUGAAACUCCUACUGAAGCUUCCAGAAGCAGAUUCGCCAGCAGAUCGAAUAAUACCACACCGGUUCAGAGGAACUCUAUGCUGUUCACUAACGCGGGUGUCCCAAUCCUUCAACCUGACGAUGAUGAUUUUAUGAAGGAGAAAGCUGAGGAAGAUAUUUCCUCGUUUGAUCCUCCCAUUUCCUCCAGCAAUGGUAUCCCAAACAUAAAUAUUUACAACCCAGGUGGUGUCGUCUCCAACCUGGAGAGUCCUCUCAAGAACUUCCCACCUGCCUCAUUGGGUUCAAGUAGACGAUCCCACAGAAAGAACAACUCCCGUAUAAGUAGGACUUUAUCUCCUACAAAGAGUACUGAUGCAUACAUUCCUACACCUCAAUUGCCACCAAGAUCAAGUUCUCCUCUUCCUUCCAGAAGCGCAUCCCCCAUCCGAUCCACGUCGCCCGUUCGCCAGCCUUUCAAUUUCGAAAAGCAUGAUUCUGCUCCUUCCAAAAUGAAUACCAAAUAUAGGAGAGGACACAAGUACAAACACUCCUCCAUUUCGAUGAACUUGUUUCAGGAACCCCCAAAGAGAGCACCGUUAGCAAUCCCUCAACAGUUACCAAUACCCAACCGAACAGAGCUGAUCGAAUCCUUGACCAAGGAGCAAAAAUACAGUUUAUUGUGGUGUUUCUUUUAUUUUGUUUACGAUGUCAUAGUCUAUGGACUCAGUGUUCAUUAUGGAAAUAUCUGCUUUAGUAUCCUAUCUCAUUUGCUAUUUUACGAUUUUUUUGGAAACUUCAUUGUGGUAUUGGUCCAUGUAAUGUCAAACUUCGACUCCUGGCAUCAUUCAACUUUAAAAUACCCCUUUGGGCUAGGAAGAAUUGAAGUUCUGGUUGGAUUUGCAUUGAGUGUAUCCUUGAUAUUUGUUGGUGGAGACCUAAUAUCGCAUAUACUGGAAGAACUGGCUGUAUCCCUUAUCCUACAUGAGUCUCAUUCUGAGCAUGCAAAACACUCUGAUCACUCCGAAAGUAUGAAUAAUUGGAUCUAUCUAGCGAUCGUUGCUUUAUCUAUCGCAGUCGCUUUUGCUUCCCCCAGAGUUAUCAACCAUUAUAUUCAGCAUGACAGGAAAACUUUUAACAACUCUACAAAUUUCCUAUCCAUAGCAUUUGGAGUAUACUCUCUAUUCUAUCCGAUAAUCAAAAAAUCAGUGCACGCAGAAUUGAUUAUGCAAGGAUUCAUUGUCCUUACUUCUGCGAUAAUUCUCUGGAUUGGUUGGAAACUUAUCCAAUCGCUAUCCAGGAUCAUUCUUAUAUCAUAUCCUUACACUGCCAAAUCUUAUUCACAACUGAUAGGAACAAUCAGGUCUCAUAUUCAUUCAAUUGAUGGUUUUAAGUCAACAUACGCCGUCAACAAGAUUAUAAUAUCCAAAGUUAACUACAAGAUAUUUGUAGUUCUACUGAGCAUUAGCAUUCCAGGUGCUUCUGAAGACGACGAAUCAAAGUUCACUUUUUACAUCUCAAAGAUUGUGAGAAGUUGCCUGAAUGAUGCCGUCACCAAGAACACCCACUUAAAACCACAGAACCUUGAUUCGAAGGCCUUUCUUGACCAAUUACUUCAGCAAUCAUCGGAUAUUGAUAUACAGACUUUAGAUGAGACUGGAGAUCGCUUUGAGAUUACAGUCGAAGUAGAACGUUAG